GAGGGGCGUGGGGAGCGAGGACAGACCUGCAGACGCUGGACACGCCGGAUUAGCCUGCGCUCAGACCGCACCAACACCACGAGCAAGAUAAGCAUCUUGCUGGCCCUGCCCCGCACCUUGGAGGCUUCCCCACCUCCCCUUUCCCGCGGCAGGGUUUCACCGUGGAGCCGCAUAAAUAGAGGUGCCGGGCGGGCUGCGGGGCAGGAGCGGAGCCGCCUCCCAAGGUUCUGCAGCGCAUCCCAGAGCCCGUCCCGCCUGUCCGGCCUCCCUGCAGAACCAUGGCUCUCCCCGGUGCCCUUCUCCUGUGGCUCGCCUGCCUCCUGCUCGGCGGCGCGGCCCCCAAGCCCACCUGCGAGCCGGGCUCCUGCCCGCCGUGCCCCGAGGGGGCUCCGGAGGGCACAGCCGCCCCCGCCGCCGCUCCCUGCUGUCCCCCGUGCCCCCCGCCCUGCCCCUGCCCGCCCUACCUGCGCAGCGACUGCGACAUGCAAGGCUUCCCCGACGGCACCGUCCCCGCCGGCCGCUCCUUCUACAUCGACUUCGCCCGCACGCUGUGCACCUGCCAGAGCUCCGGGGACAUCGCCUGCGCCCCGCGGUGCCCCCGCCCGGACCCCGCCUGCCUGGCGCUGGGCAGCCCGGUGGCCGACGGCUGUCCGCAGUGCGUGUGCUACGACGACGAGGAGAUGGCGGUGCCGGCGGGCACGGUCACGGCCCGCGGCUCCCAGACGUGCUCCUGCCCGGAGCGGGGCGGGCGGCUGCAGUGCGGCCCUGCCGGCAGCGAGGGCCUGGGCCCGGCUGCGUGAGGGCAGGACGAGGCUUCCUGCGCUGUGGGACAUCCUCGCCCAGCCGCUGUCCUUGAGGACCCGGGGGUACGUGCCACCUUCUCUAGGCCAAAGUGUCUGUAGGGGGUGAGCUUGCUUGGUUGUGAGGUUUGUUCCACAGGGCUUGAGCUGGCUGGUGCUGGUGUGUAACCGGAGGAAACGGGGCUGUUUAUUUAUUUGGAAGAUGAUUCUGCUUUUGUAUGUGUUUGUGUUUAUAUGGGCUGUUUAUAUUAAACUCGCUGGAUAAACUUCCUCCCGGGAGACAGGCUUUUUCUUCCUGUAAUUCCAUCGGGUUCCAAGUGGUGGGACCAUGAGCAGAAGGCAAUUUUUUUGUUUUUUCUUUUGGGAUUCAGGAGGGGUGUCCAUCAACUUCUCCUUCCCCAAGGGAAGGGGCCUUAAAGAUCAUCCUGUUCCAAGUCCCCUGCCAUGGGCAGGGACACCUUCCACCAUCCCAGGCUCCUCAGAGCUCCAUCCAGCCUGGCCUUGGACACUUCCACUUCUCUGGGAACAUGUGCCUCACCACCCUCACAGGGAAGAAUUUUUUCCAUAGAUUGGGCAACUUCUCUCCAAUCUUUUCAUGAGGUGGGAGCAGCAGGUGGCUUAGCACAGGUCUGUGUUCUUAGGAGGCAAACCCCUCUCCUGUCCCCGUCCUGUGGA